AUGGCGUUUCUUGUGACCUUGCCACCGGUUAUGCCAUCGGACUCGACCUCAGUUUCAAUUCCUGUGGGGAUUUCGAUGCUGACAAGGUUGGUGUCUCUUGAUCUUUCCUCGAUAUCUGUAGAGCUAAGAAAACCAAAUCUUAAAUCUCUUUUUAUGAAUCUGAAUUCUUUAAAAAAUGUGUAUCUUGAUGGUGUAGACCUCUCAGCUCAAGGCUCUAACUGGUCUCAAGUCUUAUCCUCUGCAUUGCCUCAUCUUGAAGUUUUAAGUUUGUCCAGUUGUGGUCUCAAUGGUCCAAUCCGCCCUUCAUUUGCAACACUAAAAUCGUUGUCUUAUUUGCAGCUUAGCUAUAACAAUCUGCCUUCUGAGUUUCCCACUAUUUUGGAGAAUUUCAUGAACUUGGAAACUCUCAAUUUGGCUACUUCUUGUGAGUUUUAUGGAGAUUUCCCAGAAAAUGUUUUUCGCCUUUCAAAAUUGAAAACCAUUGACAUCUCCAAUAAUAACCUUCUGAGUGGCCAGUUUCCAGAGUUUCCAAAACACACCUCUUUGCAAAUUUUGUCACUUAAUGACACAAAUUUUCAUGGAGAAUUACUCGAGUCCAUUGGAAAUCUUCAAUUACUGAAAUUUUUAGAUAUUUCUAGCUGCAAUCUCUCAGGUUUAAUCCGAUUAUGCACCGCGGUGCACGAUAUAACGACUGUACAUAUUAUGCUUGGGCCGACAUGA